AUGUGCUCACUAGCUUGUGGCCAUAACAAUUUUCACUUAGGAGCCUUUUUUCUUGAUUUCAGGAAGACUAUCCCUGAUUAUGGACUUCUCAACUACAGCAGCGAGGAGACUGCACGCUCCCUUGGAUGCAGGUGGAACUUGACGUCCUGUGGAACCAGCGUAGCCAGCUCAGAGUGCAGCGAGGAGCUGUUCUCAUCGGUUUCAGUUGGUGAUCAAGACGACUGCUAUUCUCUGUUGGAUGACCAGGAGUUCACCUCUUUUGAUUUGUUCCCCGAGGGUAGUGUCUGCAGUGAUGUCUCUUCUUCGAUCAGCACAUACUGGGACUGGUCAGACAGUGAGUUUGAGUGGCAGUUGCCUGGCAGCGACAUUACAAGUGGGAGUGAUGUACUUUCCGAUGUUAUACCUAGUAUUCCAAGCUCUCCUUGUCUGCUUCCAAAAAAGAAAAACAAGCAUAGGAAUCUUGAUGAACUUCCAUGGAGUGCAAUGACAAAUGAUGAACAGGUUGAAUAUAUUGAAUAUUUGAGUCGCAAAGUCAGUACAGAGAUGGGCCUUCGAGAGCAACUUGAUAUUAUUAAAAUUAUUGAUCCUACUGCUCAGAUCUCACCUACAGAUAGUGAAUUCAUUAUUGAAUUGAACUGUCUCACAGAUGAAAAACUAAAACAGGUGAGAAACUAUAUCAAGGAACAUGGACCUCGUCAACGGUCUGGAAGAGAAAGCUGGAAGAGGAGUAGCUACAGUUGUGCAAGUACCAGUGGUGUGAGCGGUGCCAGUGCCAGCAGCAGCAGUGCCAGCAUGGUCAGCUCAGCAAGCAGCAGUGGUUCUAGUGUUGCUAACUCCGCUUCAAACUCGAGUGCCAACAUGAGUCGAGCGCACAGUGAUAGUAAUUUGUCCACAAGUGCUGCAGAAAGAAUCCGGGAUUCAAAAAAACGUUCCAAGCAACGGAAACUACAGCAAAAGGCCUUACGCAAGAGACAGCUGAAAGAACAAAGACAAGCUCGUAAGGAAAGACUGAGUGGAUUAUUUCUUAAUGAAGAAGUGCUCUCUUUAAAAGUGACUGAGGAGGACCAUGAAGGAGAUGUGGAUGUUUUAAUGUGACAGGGGUGAAUUUAUCAGUGUUCUUUCUAAGCCUUAAAUGUAUUAUCUUUAUUGUUUACAUAUAUUUCUUGACCAAAUUUUGAUUAGUGUUAACAGUAUAAACCAGAUCUUUUCUCAAGCGUAAUUUUGGUAAGAAGGUCUAAGUAUUGAGUAACUUCAGCUUUUUGAGACUAAUUUUGCAACAAAGACUUCAGAAACUUAACUGUCUUCUGAAAAGCUGCUGAAUAGAUAGAAUUUUAAGGAAAUUUUAACUUGGCUAACAUGCUAUCUUUCUCACAAGAUGUAAAUCUAAGGGUGCUUUUGAAUGACACUAGGCAUGCAUUACUAUGCUUCAUCUUUUUUGUUUUUUCCAACUUAGAGUUAAUAUUACACUUGGCUUGUUCUGUCUUCCUUUCCCAUUAUUAGGAGGAUUUUUUAGCACAGGAAAAAAAUCUUCCGUUCUAUAGGGCUUUCUUCAAGUCUUGCUCUUGGAUCUUGCAAAAUCAAAGUACUGUGAUAAAGGCUUCUUUAGAAGUUGUGAUUUAACUCAAAAAACUACACAGAAAGUAAGAAGCGGGCACAGAUAAUGCCUAAUAACGUUGUUCUUUAAGAAGUAAUUAGAAUUCAGAAAAAAACGACUUGCAAGCUUAGUCUUCAGAAAGUUACUUUGCUGCUCAAUAUCUUAUAGUAUGAUUAUUACUAAUGGUUCACCAGUAUAUCCCUAGUAUUGCUACGAAAAAACUCAAAUAAAAACAUCUUUAUGCAUUGAAAGUACACUAAUCUGCAACUAAGAUGUCUAGGACACUACUUACAAUAGUUAAAAAUGAUACUGGAAACAGAAGUGCAAACAAGUGGCACACAACUUUGGUGGCUUUUUUCCCCAGAAGCAUUUCUAAAUAGAUUCAAGUUGGCAGGAGAAUUUAAUUAAUGCAGCUGUGCUUUUUAAUUGUAUGUUUAGCUGAGGAUGUUUCUUCUGUGUGGGUUGUUACACCAUUACAUGUUUCAGAGUUCUUCUUUUGUUGUCUAUCUACUUUUGAAAUUUCUCUUGCUAAGAAAAUGAGGUAAAAUUGUGGCUUUCGGGUAGGGAGGUAAAAGUAGUUUUAAUCUGUUUCCUAAUUCUGACAAUCUGUAAGCUGGCUUUUGCCUUUAUCUUGGAACUACUUGUUACAGAACUCCUUCCCUUCAGAGCUGAGCUAAAAAUGAUACUUCUAAAUUUCAAUGUGAAACUUAAAAGAUUCUGAAACUAUUUUCUAGUUUUGAGUUUAGGAAGUAAUUUUUCAUCAUCAUCAUGCUUAAUUACUUUCAUUUUGUUCUUGUGAAUUAAGGAGCUUGGCAGUUCAGUGUGGCCACAGGUGCCUGUAAUGGCAGGAUCUAGCCAAAUCCUACAGAAUUGCGUGAUCAACUUUAUAUAGGACUCCUUACAUUCAUUUUGCAUGUCCUGCACAGACUUAUUAGCCCUGACAGCUGAAGUAUUUUUCUUUCAGAAGUGGUAUUCCUUGCAGCCUCAAAAUAAACUGCUGGUUAAAGUAUCUGAACAAUGGCCUCUGAAAGGUCUUAGAAAUAAGUGAGUCAAACUAGUGUGUGUGAACUUAGUCACUCUUUACAACUGCUAGACAGCAGGUACCCAGACUUGUCCACUGACUGAUUAAAAGCUACGUAAUGUCAUUUUAAACUUGAGUGCUAGCUAUCCCAUAUGGCCAGUUAUUUGGCCACUAACCAGCGAGGACUGUUACCUGUCAGUAUUUGCUUGUACUGCACUAUAGCUGGUUGAUGCCUCCCUUCCCCCUGUAGAAACAAUACAAAAACUUCUUAACAGUAUACAAGUUACUGAGAACUUAUAUUGUCUUAAAUCUGGAGCUUUUUUUUAAAUAUCGUUGAUGUAAGAAAAAAUUGAAUUGAUGUCAAUUCAGCUGAUUUCAGGGUGCAGUCAUUGAACUCUUGCAGCUUACCAUGGCUGUAGUGGAUGAAUUCAUCAUGAAACAUUUCACUGUGUGUACACUUGUCACAGUUCAGUACAGUAUAACCUUUAUUUUCUGCAGUGACUUUAAAAUGUGAUUUUUUUUCCUCCCUGAAGAAAAAUAUAUGCUUAAUCCUGUAGAGAAUUGAGACUCUGAAAUGAAUUGUAAGAAAGGUGCAAUAUCUCAGUGUGGUGGAGCAUUGAAAGUGUGUCACUUUAUUCUCUUUCAGCAGUUCUUCAGAGUUUAAAAUCCCUCAGGCUUUGUUGAGAGAAGACCCCCUUGUUUUGAUGAGGUACAGUUCUUUUUGGUUACCUGUCCACUAGCUUCCAGAGAUCAUGAAAUGAGGGAGGAUAGUAUUUCCAUCUUGAUCUUAGUGUGAGCACAUAAGUGUAAAUUAAUCCAAGUGAUUAGAUGGGUCCAGUUGCUCAUCUGUUACAUUGGAUGAAAAGGUCCUGGGUGCCACAGGAGCUGAUUGUAGUAAGUUGUCUCCAGCUGGGUACUUCAGUCACUUGUUAGCUCUGUAAUCUCUUAGUCCCAGAAUGCUUAUAACCUAAGAAUACAAAACUCUGAAUGUUCUGUUAAGAAUGCAGAAUAACAUCCUGCUUGCCUGAAUGUUGGUCUUUGCCAAGUACUUGGUAUCUUAGAGCAUCAGGCCUGAAGUAGCUGUGGGAUUCAAGAGUUCUUACAUACUUCUACAUGUUUGGGUUUUUUCUUUUUUCAUCCUUCUUAGUUCUAGUGACACACUCAUUUUAUGGAGGGGGGAGGUGAUUUUUGUCAUAUUCUUGUCUUUCCCUGCAAUAUGCUUUCUGCUUCUCAGGGAAAUGGUUGAGUCACCAUCCCUGGAGGUAUUUAAGACAUGUAGAUGUGGUGCUUAGGGACAUGGUUUAGUGGUAGACUUGGCAGUGUUAUGUUUAUGGUUGGACUAGAUGAUCUUAAAGGUCUUUUCCAACCUAAAUGAUUCUGUGAUUCUGUGAAUUUGUAUUGGGUACCCGUGGCAUUAGUCAAACGGUUGGAAUUUUAGUUAAACCUGGUCUUUCUUGUUUCAAGUGUUGCCCAUUGUGGCUACUGCUUUGUUUUACAGGAAGUUAUCUACAGAUUCAGAUAGAUAAAGAAGAGUAACAGAGUGUUAAAAUCAUGCAUUCUUAUUUAGUGCUUUUUCAAAAAAGAAUCAAAUUUAUGCUUUUUAUUCAUAGAUAAAACAUGUUAGGCUUAAAAACAAAAUAGAGACAAACACGAGAAGGCUCAGUUGUGUGGCUCCAUGGUACUGAAGCUGUAUAUCUAGGUGCUUUGUACUCACUGUAAUAUGAAUGUAAUCAAUUUACACUCUGUAACGUUAACAGUUUGCUUCCAUGGUAACUUUUUCUCUAAAAAGGCUUAGAAGGAGCACUGAAAGUCUGAUUGCAAUAGGACUGUAAACAAUAGAGAACAUUCUUUUCUAAUAUGAUUUUAAAUAUGCGGAAGAAAACUAGCUGCCUGACAAACCUGUCUUAAUUUUUGUCUGUGUAUCUAAUGUCAUCCUUUGUUAAGAUAAUAUCUAUUUUUCUUUAUCUGGGAAACUGACUGAAAGAUGGUUAUAGUAUGCUCAGUACGGGAUGCUUACUAAGAAGAGCAAGAAGAGUCUUUGCAAGACUUCCCUGGGCUUAACUUUUAGUUUGCAUAUUGUGGUUUGAAACCUGUGAAGAUCAUUCUCUGGGGAAAAAACAAACCAGCUUGCUUGAACUUACUCAUAUGCAUUUACAUCAGAGAGCAUAUACAAUAUAGAAACAUAUAAAAAUGGCAAUAUUUACUGUUCAUCUAUGCUGAAUGGCCUGAAGCCAUUUUUUUUUUCUCCUAACACAGUUUUAGCUUUGAAAUCAGUUGAUGCAUUGGUCUAUAAAUAUUAAUAAACCUGACUGUUUUGGGUGCUCUUGAA